GGCCCACGAGGAUCUCGGCUGGUGCAGAAGAUAAACCGCUGCAAUUGCUUGGAAGGGUGUUUCCAUCUCCUGCGUUUUCUGUUUUGGCUAUAAAAGCCUGGACUUGGCAUCUGUGAUUCAAACACCAAAAUGAAGUUGAAAGACGAGAAGCGGGGCAGCUCUGACGACAAUGAAGGUUCAAAGGGGAAAAUGACACUUUUGCUUGCUCUGGUGACACUGAUAUCUGCGUUUGGAUCUUCUUUCCAGUAUGGCUACAACGUGUCUGUGAUCAAUUCCCCAGCACCGUACAUGCAAGCUUUCUACAACAAAACCUACUUUGACAGGAAUGGAGUUCCUAUGGACAGUAGCUUCCAGACACUGCUCUGGUCUCUCACUGUGUCCAUGUUCCCUCUGGGAGGCUUGUUUGGGUCCCUCAUGGUGUGGCCUCUGGUCAACAAUUGCGGCCGAAAGGGCACUUUGCUGAUAAAUAACUCCUUCUCCAUUGUUGCUGCAAUCCUUAUGGGAACCUCAGAGAUAGCAAAAACCUUUGAAGUAAUCAUUGUUUCACGUAUUAUCAUGGGAAUAUAUGCUGGUCUGGCCUCCAAUGUGGUUCCCAUGUUCCUUGGAGAAAUAUCCCCCAGGAAUCUGAGAGGUGCUAUUGGGGUAGUACCCCAGCUCUUCAUCACUGUUGGGAUCCUCAUAGCUCAGGUCCUCGGUCUCAACAGCAUCCUCGGGAAUGCUGAAGGCUGGCCUGUGCUGCUGGGUCUCACUGGAAUCCCAUCACUAAUCCAGCUCCUUACAUUGCCUUUUUUCCCUGAGAGUCCCAGAUAUCUGCUGAUACAAAAGGGCAACGAAGAGCAAGCCCGAAAAGCUCUAAAGAGGCUGAGAGGCCAUGAUAAUGUGGAUGGUGAGAUAGAAGAAAUGCGCCAAGAAGACCGGUCAGAAAAGGAAGAAGGACAGUUCACUGUGCUCAGCCUGUGCACCUUCAGAGGCCUGCGAUGGCAGCUCAUCUCCAUCAUCGUCAUGAUGAUGGGCCAGCAGCUCUCUGGGAUCAAUGGGGUUUUCUACUAUGCAGACAGAAUCUUCCAGUCAGCAGGUGUGGAUGACAACAGUGUUCAGUACGUCACCGUGUCCAUCGGCGCCGUCAACGUCGUCAUGACUUUGCUUGCUGUUUUCAUUGUGGAAUGCCUGGGGAGGAGAAUCCUUCUCCUCGCUGGCUUUGGAUUGUGCUGUGUCUCCUGUGCAGUGUUAACUGUGGCUCUCAAUCUCCAGAACACUGUCUCCUGGAUGUCUUACCUCAGCAUAGUGUGUGUCAUUGUUUACAUCAUUGGACAUGCCAUUGGAGCCAGUCCAAUUCCCUUUGUGAUGAUCACGGAGAUGUUCCUGCAGUCAUCCCGGCCUGCAGCCUUCAUGGUGGGGGGGUCUGUGCACUGGGUGUGCAACUUCACCGUGGGGCUUGUGUUCCUCUACAUGGAGGCUGGACUGGGGCCCUACUGCUUCCUCAUCUUCGGUGCCAUCUGCCUUGUCACUAUAGUUUACAUCUUCAUUGUUGUUCCUGAGACAAAGAACAAAACCUUUAUGGAAAUCAACAAGAUCAUGGCCAAGAGGAACAAGGUGGAGAUUCAGGAAGACAAAGAAGAGUUUAAGGAUUUCCAGAGUGUCCCAGGGGGACAGGCAGAAAAGGAGGAAUUGUCCAGCAGUGACCUGUGACCUGUCCCAGUGUUUGGCCUGGCCCAGACAUUUUUUGGGAUCUCUUCAGCUGGAGAACAAAUACAUGGACUCAUUGUUUGCUACUCAUCUUCAUUCAGAUCUUCUGCAAACUUCCCACAGCAGGAGUUCCCAAAUAAGCCAUUGUGUCUUGAAACUGUUCUCUUGUGAGUAAUUAGCAGGACCAUUCUGCUUCAUGGCAUAGCCACUGCCAAGGCAAAUGACCAAUUUGUGGUGUUUGUCACCAGGAAAGGGCAAUGUCCUCAGCCAACUCAGUUUCUGUGAUCAAGUAACCUGUGUCAUAAGAUGUAUGUCCCAGGUGUCUUGACUGAAGCAUUUCUGGUGACACGAGCCAGCACUUGGGCUGGAUUUGGGUCUGUCAUCUCUAAGGGGUGCAGUGUAUUCCUCUGAGGAACAGCCAUUCGUGUGUUUGAGACACCCACAUGGGUGAUGCCAGCACCAGCUCUCCAGUGGAGAGUGUCAGUUGCUCCGAGGUACUUUGUUAGAUGGGCUGAUAAUGGUGUUUAUCCUGUCAACUUUUGUCCUUCCUUUGUGUGCUUCAAAAGACCACUGAGCUGAAAAUGUGUGUCACUGUAAUGUCACCCCCACUCUGCUCCCACAAAUAUCUCCUGAUCAAACCUAUUCCUCAACUGUUGCUGAAGAGCCCUUCCUCAGCCUGAAUCUUGAAGUUAGGAUUCAUCCAUCUGGCUGAUGCAUAUUCACAGCUAAUUAUACCCAUUUGUUCCAGUCUAGUCUUUGAGCUGUUCAGCUCAUUUCACUCCCCAGUGUUUACACAUCAGUUGCCAAAGAGCAACUGAAUCUCUUAAUCAUUUCAUAACCUCCAUCUCCCCACUCUGUACCCAGAGCCAGUUGGAGCUCAAUCAUUCCCCAGAGAUACAUGGUAAAGAACUCAGUAAAAACCUCCCUGCUGUGUUGCACAAGUCAAACCCGGGUUGAUUCCUGUACAGUGGGCUACAGGUUGGAGCAUGUGUUUGCAAACACGUUCAAACUCGCCUUUAGCUUCUCACAUUGAGUUGCUUCAAUGAAGUUUUUGAAAUGACUCAGCUGUUGGAUACUUGAAACCACUUGAAAAAGUCUUCAAAUUGUUUAGCCUUCUGGUCUUUCUGCUGGGUUCUGAUGGUGUUCCCUAAGGGCACCAUUCCACCCCCAGGCUAAACUGGUUGGAAAAGUUGUGAGGCUGGAGGGUUUGUGCUGACUCUGAAAGUAAAGUGCACAGU